CGUAUUUUGGCACGCGCGUCUCCGCUCCGUGCUGAAGCAAAUCCGUGCUCACGCACGAGCGUCGGCAGCAGCAGCAGCGAGCGCACUCACUCCUCCGCCGGAACUCUCGCAGCGACGGUGAACGCGGAGCCUCGAGAGCAGGAAGAAGAAUGGCGGAUUCCAGCAGCACCGCAGCGGCCGGGGCCGACGGCGCCACGACCGCCGGGGCGGCUGCCGCUCCCGGAGCUGGAGGGACCAAGACCGAGUCGGUGAAGGGCCAGGUUUUUGACGUGGGCCCGCGCUACACCAACCUGUCGUACAUCGGGGAAGGAGCGUACGGGAUGGUGUGCUCUGCACUGGACAACAUGACUAGUCAGCGCGUGGCCAUCAAGAAGAUCAGCCCAUUCGAGCACCAGACGUACUGUCAGCGCACGCUGAGGGAGAUCAAGAUCCUGCUGCGCUUCCACCACGAGAACAUUAUCGGCAUCAACGACAUCCUCAGGGCGCGCCACAUCGACAACAUGAGAGACGUAUACAUCGUCCAGACUCUGAUGGAGACCGACCUGUACAAGCUGCUGAAGAGCCAGCGGCUGAGCAACGACCACGUCUGCUACUUCCUCUACCAGAUCCUGCGGGGCCUCAAGUACAUUCACUCUGCCAACGUGCUGCACCGGGACCUCAAGCCCUCCAACCUGCUCAUCAACACCACCUGUGACCUCAAGAUCUGUGACUUUGGCCUGGCGCGGAUCGCUGAUCCCGAGCACGACCACACGGGAUUCCUGACCGAGUACGUGGCUACACGCUGGUACAGAGCUCCCGAAAUCAUGCUCAACUCCAAGGGCUACUCCAAGUCCAUCGACAUCUGGUCCGUGGGCUGCAUCCUGGCUGAGAUGUUGUCCAACAAGCCCAUCUUCCCUGGCAAACACUACUUGGACCAGCUCAACCACAUUCUGGGAGUCCUGGGGUCUCCGUCCCAAGAGGAUCUGAACUGCAUCAUCAACAUGAAGGCCCGGAACUACCUGCAGUCCCUGCCCGAGAAGCCCAAGAUCCCCUGGGAGAAGCUGUACCACAAGGCCGACUCCAAAGCUCUGGACCUGCUGGGCCGCAUGUUGACCUUUAACCCCAUCAAGCGCAUCAGUGUGGAGGAGGCGCUGGCUCACCCCUACCUGGAGCAGUACUACGACCCCACGGACGAGCCGGUCGCUGAGGAGCCCUUCACCUUCUCCAUGGAGCUGGAUGACCUGCCCAAAGAGAAGCUGAAGGAGCUGAUCUUCGAGGAGACAGCUCGCUUCCAGGCCAACUACCAGGGCUCCUGAAGCCAACACACGUAUGGAAGCCACGCAGACUGGAACAAGAUGGCCGAAGCAACAAGCUCAAACAAGAAACUUGCCUCCUUUAGAAAACAUCCCAAAGUAAAAAGCAAAAACAUGAAGACCAUUAACAGCUUCUCUCUUUUUCUUCUGUGAGGGAGCUCAGUGUUUGAUUUGGGCCUCAGUGACUUCCAUCACCCCCCCCCACGUGUAAAUAGCAGACGAUCAAAAGCUUUGCUCCUCUCUGAAGCGGCUGGUGGCGGUCCGCCGGUGUCUGUAUGUCCUGGGGCUUCUCUCACCAGAGACUGAUGACCACUUUUCUACCGGCAUGUCGACGGCUUUCUUUACUGUUUUGUGGCAUUUUCCUGACCAACAUGGAUGCAUGCGUUCCCUGAACCGACCACCGGAGGGCGCUGCUCAGCAGCACGGGGCCUGGUUGACUGUUGUUCAGCGGAGUGGUCGUCUUGCUCCACAGCGCCCUCUCGUGUUCUUCUGCUGCCCUUUCCAACGCUCCUGUUCCAAUUUCGCUGCUGCUUGGCAGAGCGCCGCCUCCAGGGCUGCACUGGGGCUAACCAACACACGCACUUGCUCCUCUCUCAGGGCGCCCCACCCUCCCCCGUCUGUGACCUUGGCCGUGGCCAGUGUUGUCGUCCUCUCUCACCAUGCUUUACUCAAAAGGGCUCCCCCCACACCCCCAGCCCCGUCUCAAUCAGCACACCUGCACUUUGUGUCCCCAGCUGCCCCCCCUCCACCGCAGAGUCAACCAGGCCCUCUUAGUUUCCCACACUGGCUGGCCACCAUGGAAACGAUACCGAGGAUGUGUCCAUCCUCCUGAUGCACACCAGUGUGGCUGCCCCGCGGCAGCUGGUGUCGGCCCGGCCCGGCUUGUCGUCAUGUUGGUUGUACUUUUUUAUUUCCUUCAAAGGGAGUUUGAGUUGUACCAUUUUUAUAUUAGGAUGUUUUUAUUUGUGUUUCCUUUCUCUGAUGGCCGUGAUUGUUGCUCGUGUUCUCCCCUCGAGACGUGGUUCUGGAAGCUGGUGGCUCAGAGGCCGGCGUCCGCUUCUCCUCUGUAUAUCUCUGGAUAUUCACGCAUUAACACGGAGCUGACUUAUAUACAAACAAUAAACUUUCCUGAUACAAACGCUG